UCACUCACUCACUCACUCACUCACUCACACACAAACACUCAUAAAUGCUUUUGCGGUGUGUUAUGCGUGUACAUGUGCCAGCAAACAUGGCCAUCGAAGACGAUACAUGUACGUGCUCUCGAUUGAUAUAUUCCUGGACCCUUUUCGAUAAUUUGUUCAUCGAAGUUUAAUCCACCAAUUUUUGUGUUUUUUUGUUUUUAUUUGUAAUUUUUUCUCCUUGUUACAUAUGAUUAUUUGAUUUGCUUGUCUUCCGAAGGUCCCCCGACACGGAUUCAUACAUAUUGCUGAUAAACUCACUUUCACCAGUUUAGUUACAUUCCCAUUCUAAAACAAAUCCCAAAAGAGAAUGUCUACACUAACAGUAGACGUGCCACAAAACGGUUACAUCAAGAAUGCUGACUCAUCUAGCAGCAUAGCCGAGUUGGAAGAAUACAAUUUCUCAAAAUUCCAAAAUCGUCCCCGAAGCCUGAAUCUUGAAAAACAGAAAUCAUGUGAUGAAAGGUCUCUCUCAGAUUUGCCAUUGGGAUUAUCACCUCAUCCUCCUUCAAGGGCCGAUACCUUCUAUCGAGCCUUCGACCAUUUGGUUGGUAUUUCUUCACCUUGCAAGAGAUCCGGUUUUAAUACACCGAGUUCACAGUUUGGAUAUGGGCAGAAUAUAUAUGAGACUCACCCAAUGGUGGCUGAGGCUUGGGACAAUAUAAGAAGGUCGAUGGUUUACUUUCGUGGCCGGCCAGUUGGGACUAUAGCUGCUCUGGAUAACUCGGAUGAAAAGCUUAAUUAUGAUCAGGUAUUUUUGAGAGAUUUUGUUCCUAGUGCAUUGGCAUUCCUUAUGAACGGAGAACCAGAAGUCGUGAAGAAUUUUCUCUUAAAAACUCUUCGCCUUCAGUCAUGGGAAAAGAAAAUCGACCGAUUCCAGUUGGGCGAAGGUGUUAUGCCAGCCAGUUUCAAAGUGUUGCACGACCCAGUAAGGAAUACCGAGACAUUAGUGGCCGAUUUUGGCGAGAGUGCAAUCGGCAGAGUGGCCCCUGUUGAUUCUGGAUUCUGGUGGAUUAUUUUACUAAGGGCGUAUACAAAAUCAACUGGGGACACUUCUUUAGCCGAGAUGCCUGAAUGCCAGAAGGGUAUGAGGCUGAUUCUCAGUUUAUGCCUCUCUGAAGGAUUUGACACAUUCCCCACACUUCUUUGUGCUGAUGGGUGCUGUAUGAUUGAUCGUAGGAUGGGAGUGUACGGGUACCCGAUCGAGAUACAGGCGCUUUUCUUCAUGGCUUUAAGGUGCGCAAUGCUCUUACUUAAACACGAUGGCCCCGGUAAGGAUCUCAUAGAACGUAUAGUUAAACGCCUCCAUGCAUUGAGCUACCACAUGCGAAGCUACUUCUGGCUCGAUCUCAAGCAGCUCAACGAUAUCUAUCGCUACAAGACAGAAGAAUAUUCCCACACUGCCGUCAAUAAGUUCAACGUCAUGCCCGAUUCGCUCCCCGAGUGGGUAUUUGAUUUCAUGCCCCUUCACGGGGGAUACUUUAUCGGGAAUGUGGGGCCCUCAAAGAUGGAUUUUCGGUGGUUUUGCUUGGGGAAUUGUGUUGCGAUCCUCUCGUCACUUGCUACGCACGAGCAAUCGGUAGCGAUCAUGGACUUGAUAGAGUCGAGGUGGGAGGAGCUGGUGGGGGACAUGCCGCUAAAGGUUUGUUACCCGGCUAUUGAGAAUCAUGAGUGGCGGAUCGUGACUGGUUGUGACCCGAAGAAUACGAGGUGGAGUUAUCAUAACGGUGGAUCGUGGCCGGUACUUUUAUGGCUCCUAACAGCCGCGUGCAUCAAAACCGGGAGGCCCCAGAUUGCAAGGCGAGCUAUUGAGCUUGCCGAGAGCAGACUUUCGAAAGACGGUUGGCCCGAAUAUUACGAUGGGAAGCAGGGUCGGUUUAUCGGGAAGCAGGCUCGGAAAAACCAGACCUGGUCAAUCGCAGGCUAUCUGGUGGCUAAGAUGUUGAUUGAGGAUCCUUCGCAUUUGGGUAUGAUCGCUAUCGAGGAGGAUAAGCAGUUGAAGCCCGUUUUGAAGCGCUCGGCUUCUUGGACCUUUUGAAUCUUUGGAUUGGAAUGUGGUUUUUAGGUUAUGAUUAUGAAUGAAUUCAUUGCUUUUUAGGGGUCCUUUUUGAAUGCAGAAUUUGGAAGAGAUGAAUGAGGUUCUUUUUUUUUAUUUAUUUUUUUCAGCAGCAUCUUUGACCUUUUGAUCUUUGGAUUGGAAUGUGGUUUUUAGGUUAUGAAUGAAUGAAUUCAUUGGUUUUUAGGGGUGCUUUUAUGAAUGCAGAAUUUAGAAGAGAUAAAUGAGGCUUUUUUUUUUAUUUAUUUUUUAUUUCUGGGGGCAUAUGUGA